GUCUUGGGAAAGUUGGGCAGUCCAACUCCUGACGAGUUACUCCCUGAUCACCAGACGAGAAGAACGUAUGCAGCGGUAUAUCUUAGUGGGUGAUCUAAGUGCUCAUCGUCGUCAAUAUCAACAUUGAGAUCAGCCGCUUGGAACAUCACUACCAUCAUGCCUUGCGUCUCCACCGGGAGAUGAUGGGUUGACAUGAUGUUUUAGGUUUGAAUUUAUUUUGUGACAAAGACAUUGAAAAAAAACCGGCGAACAUAAAAGACAUUAAGUGUUGCUUUUGUUGCUUUUGAGCAUCAUGGCGAGGGCGCCGGUGUGGAUAGGAGGGCUGCUGCUGAUAGCCCUGGUGGCAGCCGAACAUCCCUACGUUUGCACCAACACUUGCAGUUAUUCAGGCGAUGAACGGCCAGGUAUCACGUACCAAGGAGGUCAGCAGUACAAAUAUGAGUACAAAGGCGAGGUCAUCACGAAAAGUAGGGUCACAGCCGACGAAGAUUCCAAGAUGGCAGUUACGGCUGAGGUCAUCAUCUCAGCGAGGACGGAAUGUGACCACAGAAUGCAGGUCACGAACUUGAUGGUCGAGGACGUCCCUGAGGAAGACUCGAAGUGGUUCAAAGAGGCCGUGGAACAGUACGACCUGCAUUACAGCUACCAGGAUGGCUGGGUCGAGUACCUCUGUCCCCACGACGAGGAGGACGUGGCUGCCACCAACUUCAAGAGGGGGAUUCUGUCAGCCAUUCAGUCCUCCGUCACGAACGUCAUCGAAACCAAGGAGGUCGUCGUUCAGGAGAGCGAUGUGUCUGGUGAAUGUGAAACCCUUUAUCAACUGAGUGGAUCAGGAGACAUGACGUUCAACAAGACGAAGCUUAAUUGUCGGUAUAGUUCCUACCUCCCGAAGGUUCUUCACGAGCCCUACAUGGCGGCCGAUGGCGAUGACAACGUUUUGCCAUUUUUCAGGAGCAACAAAAACUGCAUCAUGGAACUGAGUCAAGGAGUCUGGAAAUCCGUCACAUGCAAGGAAGAGGUAAAGGUUGAGGCACCUUUUUCUGCUUCGACUGACGCCUCCAUUAUGGCUGCCAUGGCCGUAACUUCUACGCUGUCCCUUCAGUCUGGUCCUGAGCCUCUCCAAGGGGACUUCUCCAAUGGUGACCGGCCAACGAGGAGAGAAUCCAUCAGAAUGGAUCUGAAAGGGGCCAUAGAGUCGUCCGAAUCUAGGAAGAACAACAUUACAGAUAUCGUGGAACAGAUUGGAGCGGUGAUGACUCAGCUGUCCGAGUCUAUUGACGGCGAAGCAUCGCAGGUGGAGGAAAGGCCCUUUGCCUUCUCCAGCCUCCUGAGUCUCGUCGGAAGUGUUCAGGAUGACGAUGAUUUGGAAGCAGUUUGGGUGGCGAACGUUGAAGAGAAAACGCGCAGAGAGUUCCUGCUGGAUGCCCUUACGGUCUGCGAGAGUGAGUACUGCUUCAGGUUGCUGGCCAACGUGUCUCUAACUUCCCCCGAGGUGAUGUCCCCCACCAGGGUCAAGACGUGGCUCACGGGGACACACUUCUUCAGUGACGUCCAUCCCGAAAACAUCAACAUCACGAUGGAACUACUUGGUAGCCUGGAAGGUGUAGAAACCCAUGUGUUGAUGGCUGCUUCGACCAUGGUGCACAAAACAUGUCAGGUUGACCCCAAGAACUGCCGUGAUCAUGCAAAGCCGAUUCUGGAAUACGUUGAGGAUGUGGUAGGAGAUUCCUGCGGCCUUGGAAAAGGUCCCUCUGCGUGGGAGGAAAUCCGGGUGGCUUUGCGUGCCCUGUCCAAUGCCGGAAUCCAGCCCAGAAAGGACUUCUCCAGGAGAUGCUACGGUAACAAGAAAGUGGUAUCCAACUUACGUGUGGCCGCUCUGCAAACUUACAGGCGUUCAGGCUGUCCAUCAGACACAAAGACUCUUUGGAAGAUUCUGGAAGAUGAUGCAGAUGACGUAGAAGUGCGAAUCGCUGCUUACAUCGCGCUGGUCCCUUGUGCUACUGACGAUCCAAAAUUUUUCCUACGAAUCGAACACCUUCUAAAAAUGGAAGAGGUUAACCAAGUUGGUUCUUACAUCUGGACACACAUCCAGAACUUGGUUGGUCAACCAUCGUCUAGCUAUUAUAACAGAGAAUUGUCCAGGCUAGCAGCUCAUCAUUCUCUGCAUGCAAAGUUCAGCACCAAUGGUUUCAGGACCUCAAGGAAUUAUCGUUAUGCUCGCUUUAGUGACAUUGUAAAUGAAUAUAGGCGUAGUGCUGAAAGUAACGUUAUCUUCACACCAAAGUCAUAUGUCCCACAUCAAACAUCUGUGAACCUCACAUUAGAAAUGGCUGAGAAGAGUCUCAAUCUCCUGGAAUUUGGAGGCGACUUCAGUGGCCUCGAGAAAUAUAUUGAGAGCUUCUUUGGGAAAGAUGGAUACUUCAAGCACGAAGGGAUACAAACCCUGCUGGAGAGCAUGAGACCAAAGAGAGAAGUCCGUGAGGAGAAAAUUCAAGAGUUCCAGAGGCUUUAUGACCAGGCCCACACAAUGAAUGAAGAGGUGGAAAUUGUGGAAGGGGAAGAACCAAAGGCUUCAUUUUUCGUCAGGGUGUUUGGGAAUGAGGUUUUUUACGUGGAUAAUAUGUUAAGGCUGAACCCCUUCCAGGUUAUCCAGAGUCUGGCAAAAGAAUUCGCUUCCCCUAAAUCAUUCAAGGUUAUUGAUCAGGAAUAUGUGUCAACAACACAGUUAGGUUUCCCUCUCAGACUGAGGGUAAAUGCAACAGGCUCCAUCUCAUUUGAGCACGAGUUGAAGACCGAAAAAGAUGAAUCCACUUUAGUCUAUGAAACUAAGAUAUCAGCCUCAGCCGUUCUUGCUUGCGACGAAUCGCUUGUGGUUGACGGUUAUGGUGCUUGGAGUGGAGUCAGACGCAGGUCAAGUAAGACAGUUCACACAGAUUUGGGUGGAAAGAUUGAAAGGAGGCCUCUCCAACCUUUUGGCAUGCAGAUUAUACUUGCAAAGCCAGAGAUUGCUAAAAUUGGUUCGUCAUCCAAAGUGGCCCUUUACAAGAAUGCAGAACAGGGUUGGUGUGAUGAAUGGACAGCUGCACAAAUAGAAGACCACGAAUAUUGCUCUUCUGAGCUAUUCAAAAGAAUUUUGGGCAUAGAAGUAUGUGCCAAAUCCAGCUUUGGUACCCACACUGUUGGUCAGGAGACCUUCCAUGGUGAACCUUACAACAGCGAGUUCACAGUUUCCAAGAGUGACACAUUUGCCUAUUACCAGUUCUAUUUCAAGAUUGAGGAUAAUAUAUUCGAAGCCAUUUUCGAAGCUCCGGGCUCUUCCAUUCAGAGGAAAAUACAUUUUCUUGUGAACCUUGGACCGGAUGGCACAGGAGGAUACAUAGUGAUACGGGGCAUGGGGUAUGGCCUGCAAGGUCAGUAUCAGUGGACAGAGACCUUGAAGGAAUUAUCGCUGAAGUAUACGGAGGAUUCACUGACCAAAGGUGGCAUAGAGAUUUCGUUGCAGAGUGAGAAGGAACGCUCAGGUUUUCAGCACACGCCGAAGUUUGUCCUCACCAUAGGCCCAGAUGUCUACUUAGCAGAAGGAAAUCUUGCAGUGAAAUCCAAAGAUGAUGAAUUUAAAUCCUCAUGGAAGAUUGAGGGGACGCACUACAAAGUGGACGGAAGGACGCAAGUCGGCCAGUACUUUGGUUUGGUGGAAGGCAGCCUGAACAGUGACCAAGACUCAACUGGUUUGCAGCUCAGAGCAGAGUAUGGAACGGAUCGUGAGAAUUCCCACAGCCUCUCCCUCAAUUACGAUGGAGCAAGUGGAAUCGAGCUGUCUGGAAGGAAGCACUCAGGAUACAUCUUCCUCGAGACUACUCAAGGCGAGAGUAACGUGACUCUCAACUACGAGUACAGUCCCAGCAAUUUCCAUGGCAACGGGAGCCUCACCUUCCAGGGAAAGCAAGUGAGCUCGCAGAUAGUAACGAAGAACUUGAACGACGACGAUGGUCGUGAUUUCCAGGUGACGCUGAGCUUGGUCAGUCCUCAGUACGACAUUGACUACCUGGGAGAGUUGGUGUUCAGGGUAUCGGAUACAGCUUUCCAGACGGAAGCUGCUGUCAAUUUCGGAUCUGACGUCCAUUCCAGAGUGGCACUGACGGGCGUUUACGAGGAAGACCCGCUGCUCUUCUUGGCGGGGAUUCACUUCAACUAUAAUGAGCUUCUCCUCGAAGCAAAAGCGACUUUGGAUCUGAGUCAGCCUGAGGAGACUCAUAUCACACUGAGCGGAAACGUCGGACAAGCGACGGGAGAAUUCCUGAUUCUGGCACACCACGAUUCCAGGCAGCCCCUCAACACCACCUUCAAUUUGCGCGGCAGCUACGAAGAUCAGGAAGUCGGCUUCUCUGCCUCCCUGACCUCGGACGAAGACUGGCAGCUGUUUACAGGGUCAACCAAGGCAAAUUGGUUCGGUGAGCAAUACACUCUGAAACACGAAGUAGACUGGAAGGAUGAGAGCAAGAGUUUGUCCUUAACAAGUGAGCUUUAUGGAGUCUUGCAAAUAAAGACCAGGACAACACAUGAGAAUCCAUUCUUCCAGUUUUUUGGUCCACAGUUCAGAAGAAAUUGGAGACGCACCAGACUUCCAGGUACAGUAUCUGCUGGGAUGCUGAGCAAUAGGAUGUUCCAGUUGUACGAAGCUAACAUCACAACUGGAAGUGAUCCAUUUUUUGCUACUUCCACAAAUAUCACAAGUGAUCAGGAAUUUAGCAGCUCCCUCACUCUUCUGGCAAGUGAACUGAUGGUCGGUGGCAGGUAUGGUCCGGCUGACUACGAUGAUUUUGAUGGAUCUGUUGACAUCAGCGCCACCUUGCCUUCUGGGGAUAAUUAUUCCACGAACAUAUCUCUGACUUACUCUUACGAUGGCAGUCAGAGGAAGUUUGAGAUGUCAUCAACUUACGGUGACGACGUCAUAGCGGGUAAUUUCUCAAUUCUACAUCAGAAUGACUGGUUUUCAGACGACCUUACUGCUGCAAACUUCACCCUGAAGACGCCUUUUGCAGGGUUAACUCACGCUGGCUUUCACUUUGAGGCUCACGGUGACUCGGCAGUUCCUAGCUACGCCCUCUUGGAAUGGGGAAGCCUGAAGCUCCACGGAAUGGUUCACAGCAACCUCCCAGAGAAAUUUGAGAUGACAUUGCAAUAUAGUGAUGGUGGGACAUGUGACUCCAGCUUCAGCAUUUAUCACAACGCAGAAGACCAGCAAUUCAAUUCAGGAUUUUCCUUUGCUCUCACACAAGAAAUGACUCCCUGGGCUGCAGAAGUAAACACUUCUCUUAGAAAUGAUUACUACGAAGAGUCCCUGGGGUUAGAGCUACGUGCCCAGGCUCCAGUCUUAGAAAACCCUUUCAAUGGAAUGCUCUUAUACAAUCUAACGGAGUCAGCAUUUGACUUUGGUAUUGAAGUUGGUUUUGAAGAGAAAGUGAUGCUGUCAUUUACUGGUAUGAAAAAGAGAGACAAGAAGAUGAACAAAUUUGUUGGAGCAAUUGAAAUGGAUUCUCCAUGGAAUGAGCCUGUAUUUGUGAACAUCACAGGAAAUUAUGAUUAUGAAAAUGUCAAUGUUUUUGCAGACUUCAAGUCGUCAUUGCCUGUAGUUGAAUCUUUCACCAUUGAGUCUGUUAUUAAUUUCAUCUAUCCAGGUGAAACUAAAGUGCACUUCCAUCUCAAUCAUGAUGAAGUUCAAACGUUGAUGGCUUAUCAUCAAAAGAUGACAAGUUAUGGUUUCUUACAUGAUCUUGAGGGUUCUAUAAACACAUUCACAAUUACUUAUGACUUGAAAACUGAAUGGGAUUACUACCAUAGACUUACAAAUGCAGAAGGAAAGCUCUCUCUGCUUAAUAUCAUGGAUCACAAUCUAGAAAUUGGCCUUAAUUUCAAGCAAGACUCAAGCAUUUUCGUUUCACAAGUAUCUGGAUUAUGGGAUGAUCAGGCAUUCAAGUUUGGGUAUACUUCUGAUCAUAAGCAACCAUUCAAUUGGUUGUAUGAUUUAGAGAUUCUCAUUCUGGGUUUUGAUGACAUGAUUAAGGCUAACACGUCACUAAACGCUGUUGACUGGUCCUCACAGGUGGAUUUCAAAUUCCAUUUCAACUCUCCUUGGACUGAUGGUUAUGUCAUUAAAUAUAAUGUUAUGACAGUUGGUGACAAAGCUGACUAUGAGCUUGAUCUCAUGCAAGAAUCUUCAUCUCUUUUCAAAGUAAUGCUCAAAACCGACGGUCCCUUGGAAAGGGAUAAGUCAGAUCUCCAUUUGAAAGUGACAGGAGCACUCUUAGAAGAAAUGGAAUUCAUCUGGCAACAUAAUUUUAUGUCUGGACAUGUUGGAUCUUUUGAGUUCUGGUAUGGUCCUGAUUUUUACAUUCAGGGAAAGAGUCAGUGGGAAUUAGAUGAUGAGUGGUUCAACCAAGAUUUCAUUUCAUAUCACCUUUCAGCUAACAUUACUCUAUCAGAGCCCAAAUUUAAUUCGGUUGUUAUGCUGGAUUUGAAGUCAGAUUUUGAGGGAAAUUUUUCUCUGCAGUUUAAUGAUUAUUCUGCUCACUUAAAAAGUAACAUUUUGAAUGGUGUCGUAUUCCAAGCAGAAGCAGCCAUUCCAGAUACAAAAUACAAGGCUGAAUUAACUUAUGAAAAGGGGAAAAAUAUAAUACCUGAUAUUUCAUUUGGAGUUAUGGUCAAUGAUGUCAGUCUUGUUAGUUUCAAAAUUCAGUUCAAUUCUGUGUAUCCUCAGUUUGAUGCUGUAGUUAUGGCUGCAUAUUCCAAUGAAGACAACAGUACUUUUUAUAGUGGAAACCUUUUUUUAACUGCAACUCUAGAUUAUGACUAUGGAUUCAAAGGUGACGCAAAACUAACGAGUAAUAUAGAAGGUUUUGAAAAUCACACUCUUAGCAUCGACACUGAUCUUAAAAUAAAAGAUAGUCACUUUGGGGGUUAUUUUGUUGGCCAUUUGCAGUUGAACGAUGAAAUGUAUGAUGUUGGUGGAAAUGCCUCUUUGACCUUGGACUUUGAUAAGAAGGUAAUGUUUGAACUUGGAGUAAAUUAUAACAUACCUUACUUAGGAGAAAUAUAUAAAUCAGACUUGGGUGUCUUUUUCACAGUAACAAAGGUUGAGAGUCGUCUACAAGCAACUGUUACAUUUGGUGAGGCCUCGCCUCCAUGGGCAUUGUCGCUGCAAUACAAAUUCCGCAACAAUAAAUUGAGUGGUUACGUCACCCUUGGAGACGAAAGGAAAUACACCAUUCUCAUUAAACUCGAUAGCAAAAUUCUUCACGUCAAUAUUGAAAUUGUUGAAGCCGACGAAUCCAGCUUCAAAGUUUUACAAGGUAAUGUUAACUGGAUCAUCAGGCCAGCAAAACAGCAGAUUAAUAUGAACAUGAAUUCUGAUUUUCCCCCCAUUAGUAAAAUGACAGGCCAGCUCACCAUCAGUCGCUUAGCAGGCACACUGAAAAUGGCUGUUAAUGAAGAGAAAGCAAAUGUACAAGUGAGGCUCAUUAAAGCAACAAAGGAUCCUGGCAAACUCUAUAUUACCAUAGACAGUAAGAUAUACAUGCCAGUGUCAUCAGUUAUUGAUUUAAGCUUUUCUCAUCCUGAAGAAGGCUUCAAAAUGGAUUUAGCUGUUGACUGGAAUGAGGAAAAGAGUUGGAUAACUGCCAGUCUUCUUGCUGGCUUACCAGAAUCAUAUCUGAGGUUCAGUACACCUUUUGAGUCUUUUGAUAAGUUUAAUUUCACUGUCAAUGCAAGAGCAGACAAACAUUACAACCUGACAGUUACACUGGAUGUACCGCAGUUCUGCUUUGAAUUGAAUGGUAUGUCUGAACUGGAUUUUAAAAAGUUGUCCUUUGAUACUAAUGUGAAUUUAGGAUGCAGUGAUUCAGAGAGAUAUAAAUUCAUCUUCAAGUAUAGCACAGUCAUUCCUGAUGAACCCCUCAGUAUUUUGAUUAACCUGGAUUUGAAUGGAUAUAAUGCAUUUGAAUUUGACUUGUCAGCUGAGUUGAAAGAAAGAGAAUUAGAUGCAAAAAUUGAGAGCACGGUGAUGGAUGAUUAUAAAUUAGGAACCACAUUUUCAAUUUCACGUAAUGUUGCUGAACAGGGUGGUUUAGGGGUAACUCUGCGUGUUUAUGACCCUCCCUCUAACAACACACAUUUUCUCUUUGAUGUGUCACUCUCAAAAAACAAAGCAGAGAUGCAGUUUGAAAUCCUUCAGGAGAAUACAUUAACAGCUAAAGCUAUAUAUAAGUUAUUACCUAAUAAAGUUAAUAUUACUAGCAGUUACUCUCAUAUGAUACUUGGUCAUCCACUAAAUAUCCAGUUUUCGUCUGUUGGCAACAUUGCAAAGGAUGGCGGUAUUCUGGAAAUCCAGUUGGAAACAGAUAAAUCUUAUAAGGUUGAAUCUUCAACGGGAUAUAACUUGAAGGGAGGCCUUGGAGCUGCAACUUUUAACCUGACAACCCCCACUGGCAAUGUUACACUGAAAGGAGUCCAUGAGAUCAAGGAAAACUCAAGAUCUAUCACAAUAGACAUGACAUCAAGCCUACACAGCUUUCAGGACUACCAUUAUGAGCUGGUAUAUAAGAAAGAGGGAUCAGAAAGCAUCAAGUUCAUUAGUGUUCAAGAUGAGAGUAAAUUUGAGGUUCAGGGAGAAAUAUCCAAAUUCCAGAACACUAUGACUCUGAACUUAUUCUUUGAUACUCCUUACCAGAGUUUCAAAACUUUUAAUCUUACUUUUACCUAUCCUAAAUCAAUUCGAUUAGUAAACAAUUACAAGCUGUAUUUAAACAUUUUGUCAAAUGAAGAUUUGUACACGUUCGGUGUUGACCAGGAACAUGACAAUGCCUGGAAGAUGUAUAAUUUAAAGAUAAACAUUUUUGCACCUUAUGAUGCCGUUAGGAAUGUAACGCUUAAUUUUGAUUAUGACUUGGAAGGUCGAGUUUCUCUUGGUCUUGAAAGUCGUAGAGGCCGCCUUGGCAUUGACGUGAUUUGGAGGCAAGGAAAAUCACAUACAAAUGGGAGGAUAAAGACAGACCUCUCUUAUUUCAGUCAAGGAGAAUAUAUCUUAGAUGCUGAAAUAGCACAUCGCAUGUCUGAUUCACAAGGAUUCAAAUUAAUUCGUCAGAAAUCUAAUCUAGACUUUGAGUUACGAGCUGUGAUGGGUGAAGAGUAUAAAACUGGACUGUUAGGACUAACAAUUGCUGAUUUAAAUUCAAGGAAGGAAAACACAACCUAUUCACUGCGAUAUGCUUACGAUGGUACACUUAAUGUAAGAGGUCAAUUUGAGGAUCAUGUGGUAUUGUUAACUCUAGAAACUUUUGGUUAUCCUCACUCGUUUUUGGCCGGGAAGUUUUUAAUCAAUACAAGCUUUAAAAAUUAUGAAUCUUAUGAAGGUACAUGGAGCAUAGGUCAGCAAGGCAGUGCUUAUAAAGCAGAAAUGCAAAUUGAUGUGAAUGAAGAAGGACUUAUCAUAUUUGAUGCUACUCUGGACACGCAGGCGCAUUCUGUAGCAACGCCUUGGGACAGUGUGAAACUAGACAUCCUGUUUGAAUCUCCUUUUACUCUUUCUCAUCACUUCCAUGCUGAGUAUCAGGUAAGGAUUCUCACCUUCACUGCCUCUUAUAAGCAUGGGAUUGACACUUUUCAUUUUAAUGUGGUUGCCAAUAUUCAUUCUCCUUAUAGUACAGUGAAUAUCAUUGGUAAAUUACCAGUUUAUGGCUUUUCUUCAUUUGACGUGAGACUGGGAUACACAUUUGCUGAACAGAGCUCUGUCAGUCUGAUGGUAUCUAUAGAAGAGACAACCUUUGAUUUCACCUUUGUGUUGUCAUCAGCAAGAUUUGAUGGGUCAUUUAAGGCAUCUUUAGUUUCUCCUUUCAUCAAUCCACUGGGGCUAAGUGUAACUUGGUCAAAGUCAAUCUCUGCCAUAUUUUUUGAAAUUGGCUCAUAUUAUGGUUCCAUGAAAGGUAGUGGAAAAAUUAGUUUAAAAUAUUCAGAAACUUUUGCUGAUUUUGAAGCUGAAAUUAUUCCAAGAAUAUUUGAAUAUUUCACCCAACUUCGAACACCCUCCAGAAUAUUUGCAAGUAUGAAAUAUGAUAUAUCUGAUUCAUCGAAGAUGUAUGGUUCUGUGGUUAUGACAGUGGAUGAACACAUUAUUGAAGGUAAAGCUGACCUUUCAAUGAGAAAGGAAAAGAUCUCCUUGAACGCUGCUGGAUUGGCAGAAAUCUUUGGAAUGGCUGGAAAUGUUACCCUUGAAGCCAAGACAAGUAAAGAUGCUUUUGAAAUUAAAUUCAUUGGAAAAGUGACUGGGUUGAAGCCCUUUAACAUUCAGAUAAUAAGAAAUGCUUUUCAAUUCCAACUCCUUUGGGAUUAUGAUUCUACGCCUGUACUUGAUGCAGCAGUAAGCUAUGAUAACACCAACAUUAUGUUCUACUGGGAUAAAUACACUCAUUUUAACAUCACUGGUUACAAGAAAAACUUGAAGAAAGGAACUGAAGUAGGCCUUGACUUUGUUAAUCAUAAAAUGCAAACAAUAGCUUUACAGGCAUGGUAUGUAGAAGCCAAAGGAAAUAGAUUCAGUAUUGCAGUCAACAGUUCAUGGACAGAUCCAUUUGUGUUGCGUGCAGCUUACCAAGGCAAUAAGAUCAACCUUAAGACGAAGUAUGGUGAAAAGGAGUACAGCCUCACCACGAAAUAUGUGUAUCGUCCAGCAGAAAUGAAGGCAACUGUAGAUGUGCAGUUGGACAGUACAGAAGAUCCUGAGAACCCUUUGGUUAUAAAUGCUUUUUAUGAUCUUAAAGAAUUUUAUGUUGGAGAUAUGAAAGUCAUGAAAAAUCUGUCAUAUAUAUCCUUUACAUGGGGUGAGAAAACAGAUAUUUUGAUACAAGGACUAAGGAAUCCUAAGCACGUUGACCUGAUAAUGAGUGCAAACACGCAGCUGAAAUAUUUACCAAAACUGAGCAUAGGAAUUAAGUGGGAAGUUUUUAACAAUAAUAAACACUUCCUCCUUGAUUUUGCCAGCUACAUUGAAUGGUCUAAGAAGAUUAGCCUUGAAGGCUUAACAAAAAUCUCUAAGGAUUUACGAGUAGUUGAUGUAAAAUGGACUUUUAACACUCCUCUUGCUUCAUUAAGAGAACUUACUGUUGGUGUUAAGUGGAAUGAAGGGCAUGCAGAGUCUCUGCUGUCCUAUAAUAAUAAAAUGUGGAAACUUGAACUUAACUAUGAAACUAAUCCCCUUUCCAGUAAUGUAUCCCUCCAAACUCCCAUAAUUGGCUUUGAAAAGAUUGUUUUGACAUUCUCUGUUGCCCUUGAACAAAAUAUUGAAAUAAAUGCAGAUUUAUCAUGGCCAGAAUCUAAUACUAUAGGGCUUGCAAUCAAAAUUCAGAGGGGAAAGGUUGAAGUUGGUCUGAUAACGCCUUGGUCGCCUAUCAAAAAAGUUUCUUUCGUAGCAUCAGUUAAAACUGAGAGUGAAGAAAAAUUAGCUUCAGCCACACUGCAGUGGGAUCAAAGAAGAGCUGAGGUCUCCAUAGGCCUCUCUCCUACAAGGUAUGAAUUUGCUUGUAAAUACUUUGUGGAAGCUGAGGAGUCUGGUGUCAUCGCAGCUGCGUUUAUCAGAGAAAACCAGAAAACUGUUUUUGAAUUUGGAGUGAAAACCCCAUACGAUACCUGGAAGAACUUUAAUGUUAUAUUUAGUUUUAGCAGAGCUGGUUGUACACUAAAAAUUAAUAUAAAUGGCACUGAAAGUACAGCUAAAGUCAUACUCGGUGCGGAAAAGAUCAUCUUCAAGGGUGAAACCCCAUAUUUAGGAAACUUAUCCACAUCACUGGAAGCUGACACUAACUUCAGGAAAAUGUCUGCAUAUGCUACCUUUGCAUCUCCUGAGAGCAGUGCUCCAUACAAUGCAACUCUCAUGUAUGAAUUAACAUAUCCAUUUUUGUUUAAAUCAGUGUUUGAGGUCAAAUCAGAAGAAGAAACAUUGGCAUCCGUGGUCAUUGACAUGGAAGAGGAUUUAACUGUAACUCUUAAUAUCUUGCAGAACUCCCUUGAGAUGAAACUGUUGUUUCCAAGUCCAAAUGAAAAGAGUUUACAUGUUCAUUUUGAAUCAGAUGACUUGGAAUUAGAAUCUUUGACGUUGGACCUCAAUACAAAGUUGGGGACAUAUUUUGAGUUCCUCAAUGUCACUGGUGUUCUGGCAUUUAAACUCAAAGACCAGUUUCUUUCACGGCAUGAACUGAAUAUACAUUCCAUCCAUAGUCAAUUAUACAUCUUAACAAAUGUUGAAUUAUUCAGUGCUUACUUCUCUGAUCCAUAUGAAUUAAUAUUGAAAAUACCAGUUUUUAAUUUCUUUGAAUUGGAAGGUCAGUUUGAGAUAUCUUUAAAAGAAGGCAGUAAACUACUGUACAGGCUGCUGUAUGAGACAGAUCUGAAAAACAGAUUCGUAUCUGAAAGACACCUUUUGAUUGCUACAUCAGAAUGGGAAUCUCAUCUCAGGUUUCUGUUGGCAAGCGGCUCACUUACCUUGUCUUUCUCUUACCCAAAACCUGCAGUUGAGCACAAGUUCCUCUUAACAUGGACUGAUGAUCUAAGUCUUGAAAGAUUCAACCUAGGAGCCCAGUUGAUAUCUCCUGUCCUGGAAACUGGUGAAUACAAGUUUGACUUAAAGUUCAGCCUUAGAGGAUUUAUCCACUUGAAACUGGAAAGUGAGUUAACCUUAGGGACAACUAAGACUUCCCUCAACAGCCAACUCAGUUACAAUGAAAGGCAACGUGAAGUGAGAUUUGAAAUUCAGCUGAUGUCACAUUUCGUUGGUGAUCAUUCUUUUGAGUUUGAUGUUGACUGGAAAAACAAUAUUCUGGCAACAGGCAAACUUGCUUUGCAAGAAGUGGAACAUACUUUCAGACUAACAGCAGAUGUUGAGAACUACAAUGUCAUGUUACUUGUAAAGUCUCCACUCAUUUCUGAGGAGGAGGUGGUUAUUACUGGGAAGUUAGAUAGAGACAGACACGAAUCAUAUAGAUUAGAAGGAAAAUACUCAUCAAAAAACAAUUAUUAUACUUUAGAUGGAUAUUUUCAGUAUUUUGACAGUGGCAACUUUGCAUUAUCAGCUAACUUUACUCACAACGAAGAACAUAUCUUUGGAAUCUCAGCCUCAUUUUCCCAUAAUAAACAAACAAUUAAUUAUUAUAUUGAAAUAGAAAGCAUAAAUUCCAAACUGAAUACAAAAUUCAAGCUUCUUUACAAUGAAUUUGAACUAAGGAAUCUUGAAUUUGAUUUUCAUAGUGCUUUCUUAGAGGUCAGGACUUCUCUGCUUAUUCAGAGUAGUAAUUAUUGGACAGAUUUCCAAACCAUACAGUUUUCCUUUAAUGACUAUUUCUUCAAUUUUGAGUCAACACUAAAAGGUGAAACUGGAUAUAUAGCUUGGGAUGUUGGUUAUAGAUUUAAAAUUAUUAGAUUCAAUGCUGACUAUGAUGACUUUGGAAGAGGAGCAAGGCUCCGUAUUUCAACGCCUUAUGAUGAGUUGCAGAAUCUUGAGCUCAAGUAUCUCUUAAAAAGGAACAAUAUUGUUCUUCUGUUUAGCCUUUAUACACAUGAUGAAACAAUAGAAUUCAGUUUCAGCCUGGCUGAUGAUGAGUGGAUGGGUAAAGCAAUUACAGCACACCUUAUAACGCCAUUUGAAGGGUACGAGGUAUUUAAGUUGCAGACACCUUCAAUACAGAGGGUUCACGGCUUUUCUUUUAUGGCAGUGAUUGAAUACCCUACAGGGAAAAUAGGAAUUGAACUUUUGAAUAAAUUAUUUGGUUGGAAUGAUUGUGAUAUGAGGCUGAUUUUAUGGCUGCCCGCUGAAGAAUAUGAAAUGAUUUCACUACAGCUUGCCCUCGGUGGUGGCAAAUUUGUAACUGAAGCAAGAGUGGGUAAAUUUGGCUUUACACUUUCUGCACAUUUUGACUCUGAUCAGGAUCCAGUUGGGAUAAUCUUACUUAGGUUGAAUGAAUAUAUGUUAAGAACGAAAAUCAGGGGUUGGGGGCCAGGCCAUCUGGUCAGAGGAAAAAUACAAACUGAUAUACAGCUACAAGAGCUGAGUGGAGAUUUAAACUCUCUAGAAUUAGAAUUCAGUCUUGUGUACUGGGAACGCAUAUACAUCCGUAUCAAGAAUAACUUAGAAGAAUUUCUCAUCUUACAUUUUGGAUGGAAUUCUCACAAAGUCUUUACAGUUAUGACCCCAACGUAUUGGCCUGGUUAUGUGCAUGUUAACUUAGAAACAAGCGAUGAUCUCGAUGACUAUAAGUUAGAAUUAGGAAUACCUGCUAGUGCUAGUGAUACAUCUGAAGGUGCACCUCCAUGGGCUUUUUAUGGACUGCAAGCACAUCAAGAAAUUUUGAGUGGGGGUCGCCACAUGAUGAUAUCUGGUAAGGCCCUUGGGGGUCAGUUUGCCCUAGGUGGGACUCUGUCGGUGGAUUCGCUUCACCUGAACAACAGUCUGGUGUUUGAACUCAAUAGAAAGAAACUUGGUUUUGAUAUCCUCUUCCAAAAGCAACCUGGUUUCUUUACAAAUGCUUAUGUUAAAGACAUAUCUGUCAUAUUUCCUAACCAGACAGUGCACUGGAACACCUCGAUUGAAUGCAGGACAAAGAAAUUCGAUUUCACUUCUAGGUUUACCUGGAAUGAGCAUGACUCGGAGAUGCCACCAAUUGCCCUCAGAGUCAUUUAUGAUGAUGAUUCAUUAUUUGAUGAGGAUAGGCAUGUGCUGACUGCGGUGUUUGAUCACCCAGAAAAUGAAUUUAUUACAUUUAAUGGAAACCUUACCAGACUGUAUGACACACCUCUGAUUGGACUGGGUGAACUGAUCGAUGGAAAUGCACCUGACAGGAGCAUCGUGAUGAUGUUUAAUCUUGACCCAGUGACAGAGUUGGGAGAACAGAAUCUACGGGUGAAUAUUUCACAGCCAUUUUCUAACUUUUCAUUAACAUUAGAAGCUAUGGUUAUGGAUUCCAUUUUAAGUGAUGCAGAGUAUUCCUUGAAAUACUGGAGCCUUUCAAAGGAUAGUCUUCAGGAAGUAUUGGUAUCAACGUCUUCCAAUGUCAGUGAUAAUCACUUCAAUUUCCUGUUAGAUAUAUAUGCUCCUGAGAGUGACUGGGGAUACAACUAUGAGGCCAUUGGUUACAUUCAGGAUUCUGCAGCAUCAUUUUCUCUUCAAGGAUCGUCAAAAGAAUUUAGCGAUUUUUGGGUGUUUGGAACUACAGUCAAUAAGUAUUUCCCCGAACUAGAAAUGAGAAUGCAGAUUGGGCAGGAAGAGAUGGAGCCUUUCGAGACAGGGCGCCUGAGAGUUGGGUUACACAACCCACUGGAAAUGGGAGUCAUCUUAGACCAUCAGAGAUUUGGUGUGUGGGAGCAAGAUGCCCGUCUUGGCUUGAAUUUGAAAACUCAGUGUAUUCUUCAGUUGCUCUUUGAGUUCGACCCUUCCUUGGACUACAUGGAUGAUAAUUUCGUAGCUCGACUAUCCUCCCCAGCUGAUCAGAUUUGGGAUUCCUGGUUGCGUGAUGUGAACUCGACUGUUUCAUCUGCAACAAGCUGGAUUACUGAAGAAAUUCCACUCGUCAAAGAGGCAUUCAUAAACCAGGAGACCUUUGAUGCAAUCUGGGUUAGAGAAGAAAGUAACAUUGAGUAUUUAGUAGUUGAAUUCAACACAGCCAUAUCAGAUAUUCAGGAGGAUAUCAUUUACAUCUGGACCGAUAUUCUACUACCAGCCUGGGAUGCCACUUACAACUUUGCUAUUGAAAUGUAUACAUUGGUCCUGCAAUACUACGAAAUUAUCGUGACAUAUUUGAGUGAGCUCUUCAGCGGAGUGACGACAUGGCUCUCUGAAGUAUGGGCGGUCGUUGAAAGCUACCUCUGGACUGCCUUUGAAGCUGUUUAUGGAUGGCUGUCCCAACUGAUGCUUGAUUUGUGGAACAAGAUUUUGGAAAAGUAUAACUCGGUCGUGGACUAUCUAGUAACUCUGUGGAACACGAUCGUUGAAGAGGCAACAGCAUCUUUUAAUGCAGCAUUGGAACAGAUAACAAAUAUGACUGCCUCAGCCAACAGUUCAGUUCAAGAGGCCAUCACUGCCUUGACAACACUUGUCCAGCCAUUCAUCGAUGCAACUAUAGAAGUUUUCACUAAAUAUGGAGGAGAGCUGUCGGACGCCCUGACCGGGAAGUGCUGGGGAAGCAUCCAAAUGCAAGUAGACGAAGUGGUGGCGUCGGUCCAAGAGAUAGCGAGUGGAAUUGCAGAGUUCUUUACUGCAUUCUUGCAAGCAGAGGAAUUCUACAAUCGCUUUGUUGCCGUCAAGGAUAAGAUUGUGGAAUUGGCAGUGCAGGUGUGGACUCAUGUUGAAGGUGCGAUGGCGUGGCUUCAAGAGACUCUUCUCACCUACUUUGACCUGUUAUCAAUGAAGUUUGCAGAAGGAUUCACACAGGUCGAGGGAUUCUUCAGUGCCAUUGGAACAAAAAUUGAAACUGAUGGUUUCACAGCCUUUAUGAAUGAGAAUCUGGACAUGAUCAAAGAAAAGAUCUCAGCAGCGUUCAGUGAGAUUGUAGGACUUGCAACGGAGCAGCUGGAGUCCUUGAAGAGUUCUGUCGCUGGCAAUGUUGCCUUUGAGUACAUCAAUGCUGUGGCUGGCAAUGUGUAUGAACAGGUGAUGAUGAUAUGGAACAGAUGGAAACACGAAGAACGAAAGGACUUAGAUGCUAUAGAACGCUUUGCCUUUUCAAUCGCCGAUACGGCCGAGAAAUUCCUUCAGAAUAAGAAUUACCUCCUGGACGAGUUGUAUGUAUGGAAGCCUGAAGAUUAUGGCCGAGUUGAAUAUAACCAGAUGCUGCCAGUGGAAUGGAAUAGCUUCUUGGAGUCUCCGCAGUGGCAUCCCAUAACCAGGAUAUUCUACAAGGAAUCACCUGUUUCUGCAGCAAAGAGGUCGCUGUAUGAGGGAAUGACGAGCAUUGCCAGCGGAUGGGAAGCUAUUAACCUGCGUGGAUCAAUGACUCCUCCUUUCACAGCCACAGCUACGAUAUUUGGACAUCACGUGACUACCUUUGACCUUCAUCACUUCCAGUUUUUGGGAUCUUGCACUUAUCUCCUUGCCAAGGACUUUGGUGGGAAGGAGUUUGAGGUCAUUGGUAACUACCAACGGUCAGACGAAGGCCACAUCACCCUGCGUACUUUGCUGGUCAGGACACCCGACUCGGAGAUCAUCCUUUCCGUGAAGGGAGACUAUGAGGUUAAACAACAAGGGACUGCCGAGGUUUACAGUGGACGUGAAUACAGUGCUUUGAGAAUGGAUGACAUAUUUAUUACGUGCAGCAAGGUAACCAAAGGCUGCGCCAUUACUGUUAGCGGCAAGUAUUUUGGAAGGCUUGGUGGACUUUUAGGAAAUUACAACUACGAGCCUUCAGAUGACUUUGUUGGACCUGACAGAACUCGCGCUCGGCAUCCAGCAGAACUUGGGAGAAUGUGGGCUGUUUCAUCAGAAACGUGUUACCAGGCUAACCAAAUCAUCAAUGUGAAGGACCUGCAAUCUGCGGAAGAUGUUGACUCAUGCUGGCAUCUCUUCCUGUCGUCCUCCAGCCCAUUCAGCAGUUGUUUCUACAGAAUCGAUCCAAGGCCCUACUUUGAUCACUGCAUCAAGGGUCAAAACCAGCCUGAUUUUGGCAAGAAUGUUGAGAAAUCUCCCUGUGAUGCCGUGGCUGCCUACCGCACGCAGUGUUCUAGCAUCGGAUUACAUAUCCCAACAGUAGAGGAGUGUCAGGAAGGUACCAGCAGCACAUGCAAAGUAUUUGGAGACUCGGUGCCCAUUGGCUGGAACACGACAUUCCGAGGGAGCACCACAGGAUUUGCAGAUGUUGCUCUAGUUGUUGAAGUAGCCAACUGCAACAAGCAGAGGGAUGUGGUGUCUCUCCUAGACUUCCUUAAUGUCCAGUUCCAAAAGAGUGAUUUUGUGGAUGUACGAUACUCUCUGGUUGUCAAUAAUCCUGAUGCUAUAGACGUUACAGCACCUUUCGUCUCUGCAGUGGAAUUAGCAUCAAGGCUCCGUUCCCUGAAAAUGACUGGACCACCAACAACUGACGGUGGCAUUGAUGCCCUCAUAACUGCCGCUAAAAAACUUCAAUGGCGUCCUGGAGUGUCAAGAAAUAUAAUCCAGUUGACAUGUGAUUCCUGCCUAGCAGGAUUGUUUGUAGAAGAAGCCAUGAGAGAGAAUGACAUUACAUAUCACCUUCUCUCGAGAGACGUUCCGAACACUGAAGGCCAUGAUACAAAGAAGACCAGAGCACUGAAGAAGAAACUGUUUGGAUAUGACGAGAAGUUUGUUUACAGUUCAGGAGAUUAUAAAAAAUUAAAAGGUGAUGCAGAUGAACGUGAACUGAUCACAGACAUUGAAGGCUCUUGUGCAGAAGCUGCCCUGAGGACGAAUGGAUCAGUCUUCAAUUCUCUAAAGUGGAAUCCCAAGAAAGCUACUUUGAAAACUAAGUUCUUGGACGUGUUUGCUCAGCGUGUAGUGCAGUCUAGUGUUACUCCUGACUGCCAAGAAUGUCGCUGCACAGGGGGAAGGUCACGUGCUGUAUUCAGCUGUCGCAAAUGUUCAAACUGGAAGGCUGAUGCACCUAGCAUUGUACAGGAGAAAGAAACGCUGUCUCAAGAAAUAAAGAGAAAAUUUGCUAAUUUUUAUGAAAAGGAUAGCGAUGAACAACUCGACAAAGCUGAUGGAGUAAAACCACAGGGGCCUGAAAUAGAACCUAAAGCACCUGAAAUAGUGGAAGGGGAGGAGGAGCCUGAGCCUGAAAUAGUCGAGGAGGAGUUGCCUGAAACAGUCGAGGAGGAGUUGCCUGAAAUAGUCGAGGAGGAGUUGCCUGAAAUAGUUGAGGAGGAGUUGCCUGAAAUAGUUGAGGAGGAGUUGCCUGAAAUAGUUGAGGAGGAGUUGCCUGAAGUUGAGGAGGAGUUGCCUGAAAUAGUUGAGGAGGAGUUGCCUGAAGUUGAGGAGGAGUUGCCUGGAGAAAUAAUAGAGGAGGAGGAGGACCCUGAAGUAAUAGAGGAAGGAGGAAGUUGAAGCUAACUUGGAAAUUUAGAAUUUAAGUAAUAGUACUUAAGGUAUGAUGUCAGUCUGUGUGUCUUGUUCUCAGGUACUAUUUUUUUUCUUUUUUUAGGAAGAGAUAGACUUUAUCAAUGUAACAAUUUAAUAUAACUUUGUACAAAAGUCACAUUCUUAAGUAUUCUCAUAACUUUGAAAAACCCAAUCACUCCUUUUUUAAAUGUUGAUAAUGAAAGCGAGAUAUUGCUGUGAAUUGGUUGAAAGUGUCCUUAGUAUGUUGCAAUGCUAAUAAUUGCUAAUAAAAGUUAAACUUUUUUUACAAAAA